GCGGCCGGGAGCGAGGCGUAGGGUGUGAGAGGGAGCCCCGCGGCCCUUCCCGGGUCCCUAGGCGGCUGGCUGCGGUCGGGCGACAGUGAGGGCGGCGGGAUCGAGAGCCGGCCCAAGUGGCUGCUGGUGAGAGUCUAGGCCUCCUUCGCCUGCCUUGGAGGGUGCUGGUGUGUCUCAGGCGCUAAGGACCUGAGGUGCCCAGCUCACACUGUGUCUGGCUAGGACCCGUCCCUGCUCUUCAUCAUCACUGUCCUUGGAGUCACAGUGGCCCUGAGAAACAUGAACUCAGGGAAGAGACCUAUCACCUUACAGGACUCUGAAACCAAGUACCCGCUACCUUUGAUUGAGAAAGAGCAAAUCAGCCACAACACCCGGAGGUUCCGCUUUGGACUGCCCUCACCAGACCAUGUCUUGGGGCUUCCUGUAGGUAACUAUGUCCAUCUCUUGGCCAGAAUUGAUGGUGUUCUGGUGGUCAGGGCUUACACGCCUGUGUCCAGUGAUGAUGACCAAGGCUUUGUGGAUCUGAUUAUUAAGAUCUACUUCAAAAAUGUACAUCCCAAUUAUCCAGAAGGGGGGAAGAUGACCCAGUACUUGGAGAACAUGAAAAUUGGGGACACCAUCCUUUUUCGAGGGCCCACAGGUCACCUGUUCUACCAUGAGCCAGGGCAGCUUUCAAUCAAACCAUCCAAAACCAGUGAGCCUGAGGAAACAGUAGUUGGUCACCUGGGAAUGAUUGCUGGGGGCACAGGGAUUACGCCCAUGCUGCAGCUCAUUCGCCACAUCAUCAAGAACCCCAACGACAGGACCAGGAUGUCCCUCAUCUUUGCCAACCAGGCAGAGGAGGAUAUCUUGGUGAGAAAGGAGCUUGAAGAAGUUGCCAGAACUCACCCGGAACAGUUCAGCCUGUGGUACACCCUGGACAGGCCUCCUGUUGGCUGGAAGUACAGUUCAGGCUACAUCACCGCUAACAUGAUCAAGGAGCACCUCCCUCCUCCCGGGCAGUCCACCUUCAUCCUGGUGUGUGGACCCCCGCCCCUGAUCCAGACGGCUGCUCACCCGAACCUGGAGAAACUGGGUUAUACCAAGGACAUGAUUUUCACUUACUAAUAGCGCCCUUGCUCUUAGCACCUCUGCCUGGUCCCUUUCCUGUGUUUCAGAGUGAGCUCCACAUCAGCACAUUAAAGUGGUGCAUGUUCACAAGUG